AAUAGCACCUUGUUUUUUUCUCUUGCUUGUUUCAAAAUCACACAAGGAUCAAAGUAAGUUGUUGAGAUAAGAUACUAGAUAAGAAGGGUCAUGGGGGACUCUUCCGCUUCAUACAUACACAUGGUGCAACACCUGAUAGAGAAGUGUUUGAUCUUCCGUAUGAAUAAAGAGGAGUGCAUGGAAGCCCUCUCUAAGCAUGCAAACAUCAAACCUGUCAUCACCUCCACCGUGUGGAAUGAAUUGGAGAAAGAGAACAAGGAGUUCUUCGAGGCGUAUGCUCAAUCCCAAAGCAAAGAAGACAAAAUGUCGGAGGAAGAGACAAGCCAAAUGAUCCAGAAAAUGUUUUCGGAUUCCUCCAAAGAUUCCGACGAUUAACAUAUAGGCCAGGCCACCUCGAAAACGAUCUUACCUUUAGGGUUGUUCUGGUUGGUAACAAAUUAUACAUCAAUUCAAGCAUCCAGCCAAAACCAAAAAAGGCGAAUAUUUCUAAGAA